UGUAAUUAAGAUCGGGUUCGGCAUUCCGAUCAGCUGAUUGAUUAUUCCUCAGUUGUGAACAGAACCUGAAAUAGUAAAGACGUCCCCCGGUCGGCUAGGCUAUUCAAGACACAACUCAGAAAUGUCUGAUUUAGAGGAGAGUCACUUUGAACCAGAUUAUGAAGAAGAUUGUCUCCCAGACCAUAUAAAAGGUUCUACAUUAGGUAAAAAGGGAAAAAAGUGUCCUGUAUGUAGUUCAAGAUUUACUCAUGUAAGAAGACAUGUCAUUCAAGAACAUAUUCCUUGGUUUAUGUAUCCUAGAACAUCUUGCUGGAAAUGUGAACUAGGGUUUGGCCAAGAAAGGUUUCUAAGAUUACAUUUGGAAAGAGAACAUUUUGAUGAUUCCACAGAUUGCAGAUAUUAUAUUAACCUUCAUGGUCAAAGAUGGAUUGAAGAGAUAUCUAUUUUUUUGGCCAAGUUUGACAUGGUCAAAACACUAUCUUUCAUCAACACUAAUGGACUAUUCAUGUCCUGUCAAGGAGCAAUCUGGCAAGAGGAUGACCUUGAACAAAUCUUAUAUUAUUUGAACGAGACAAAACAACAUUUCCCUUUAACAAAAAUGCCUUACCCAGCUCAAAAUAUCACAAGUAUAUUCCAUUGGAAAAUAUUGAGCAUUCUUUUAGACAUGAAUAAAAUUCAUACAGUUUAUUUGAAAAAUAACAAUCUUCAGAAAAACAAGAAAAUACUUAUUGUGGGUUCUUCAUUUAUUUAUUGGGCACAUCAAAGAUCAACAAUGCUAAAUUCCUCAGAUCUUGGUCUAAAAAAUGUUCAAAUUACCUGGCAUGGAAUUAGAGGAAUGAAAUGGGGUUCCCUUGUCGAAACUGUUAAUUCUCUAACAGAAAACAAUAGUCCUGAUAUCAUGGUUAUUCACGUGGGAUCCAAUGAUAUUUCUUAUUGUAGCUUACUACCUCUUAUCAAGAAAAUGAAAACUGAUAUAAGUUUGUUUACUGAAAAAUUUGGAAAUACAAUUUUGAUUUUUUCGGAAGUUUUAUCCAGGAGAUUUUGGGGUAGAAUUGAUGGCUGGGAGGGAGAAAAGAAGAAAAUAUAUAUUAAUAAAGAAGUAGGAUCAUUCGUUGAAGAAAAGGGAGGGAAAGUAGUAAUACACAAUAAAAUUUAUUGGAAAAAUAAAUCACUGUUAAGGUGA